UUUUUAUUUCUCUGGAAGUCAAAGUAGAAAAAAAUACAUGUUGAGUUGCUUUGGAGGCGGACUCCACUGUGUGAAAUACUACAUAUUUAAUGAGGUAGCAAAAGAUCUAAAUGAGUUAGUAACUGAGGUAAAAUAUUGUAUUUUGCUUCGGGUGUAGUGAAGUAACUGGCUCUUUUUACUUGUCGUCUAAGCUCGAGUAAAAUCCAUAAUAUACAAAAGCUGGGCACUGAGCCCACUGGCUUAAUGCUGUAUAUUCAUAAGGCUGGAGGGAGUUGGAACGGAAGAGGUUAACCCGUUAUGAUAAUGAGGUAGUGGCUCGGAAGUCCGGGGAUGGAAGUGAUCUGCACCCUCCUAUCGGGAUUCAGAGCUCACAGUGUGCAACUGGGGCUCUGAGAUCGCGGCGCCGGAGGGGUUAACUGCGAGGUAGGCUCAGCCCAAAGCUGCGCGAUCGCUUAGCGAUUCAGUAGCAUCUCGAAUGUGAAUGAGGAAGAGCCUGUUUUUGUGGAGUAAAGCAGCAGAGGAGGUUCUACAACGUGGGGCGUGCAGGAUCCGCGUGUGCGACCCGCUAGACAGGACAGUCGAUUCAGGCUCGAGCCUUGGAAGCGGAGCUGCGUGACUGACAGAAGACAAGAGCCCAGGAGGAGCGGAGGAAUGCCAUCCUGACGCCGGGAUCUGAAGGCAAAGUAUCCUCAGCAUGCUUGUGCAGCUGAGUUGGGAAUGAAUGAGUGAAUGAAGGAGCCAGUCCGAACAAGAAAGAGCGGAGAAUCGCUUCAGGAAUACUGAUCGGAGAGGCAUCGAGUGAGUAGUUGGUGAUUUAAAGGCAUCUGAACCUCUUCAUGUGGAUUAAAUUACAAAUAAGAGAAGAGACUGCUAAGGAGCAUACCAACAGAUAAACGUGCUUGCUGUCUGGGGAACCAUGUGAAGUCCAGUGUUCAGAACAGUAGACAUUAAAAAGAAGCUUGCAAAAUGGAAAGAAUAAAAGCUUUCUCAAGAACUGUUUGCUCUUCUUUUGCCUUUGUUUGGCCACCAUUAGUCACAUUUCUCAUGUACUUGAUAGUUAACGAGAACUAUGCAGUUGGUUCAGUAUUCAGCACUUUCCGAGCUGAGCAGCCGGACUGGACUUUCAACCACCUGACUGUUCAUCAGCGGAGUGGGGCCCUUUAUGUUGGUGCAGUUAACCGAAUUUACAUGCUUUCAGCUAACUUGACAUUGCUAGUUUCACAUAAAACAGGCCCCGAGGAGGAUAACAAAUCUUGUUACCCUCCUUUAAUUGUACAGCCUUGUGCUGAACCACUUACAUUAACUAACAAUGUUAACAAACUGCUAUUAAUUGACUACACAGAAAACCGCUUGCUGGCAUGCGGGAGUGUUUACCAGGGGGUCUGCAAACUCCUUCGACUGGAUGACCUCUUUAUUUUAGUUGAACCAUCACAUAAAAAGGAACACUACCUUUCCAGUGUCAAUGAAACUGGUACAAUGUAUGGGGUGAUUGUGCGUGCUGAUGGUGAGGAUGGCAAGCUCUUCAUUGGUACAGCAGUGGAUGGCAAGCAGGACUACUUUCCAACUCUGUCAAGUCGCAGACUACCCAGGGAUCCAGAGUCAUCAGCCAUGCUGGAUUAUGAGCUGCACAGUGACUUUGUGUCCUCCUUGAUCAAGAUCCCCUCUGACACAUUGGCACUGGUGUCUCAUUUUGAUAUUUACUACAUAUAUGGAUUUGCAAGUGGAAAUUUUGUCUUCUUCUUGACUGUUCAACCAGUUACCCCGGAAGGAAUGUCUGCAGGCUCUAACAAUGACUUAUUUUACACAUCUCGAAUCGUACGCCUGUGCAAAAAUGAUCCAAAGUUCCACUCCUAUGUUUCUCUACCAGUUGGUUGCAUCAAAAAUGGAAUGGAAUAUCGUCUCCUUCAAGCUGCCUACCUUGCCAAACCAGGUGAGGUUUUGGCAAAAUCUCUGAGUGUCUCUGCUGAGGAGGAUGUCCUCUUUGCUAUCUUCUCUAAAGGCCAAAAACAGUACCAUCAGCCUCCAGAUGACUCUGCCCUGUGUGUGUUUACCAUCAGGAGUAUUAAUGCUCGGAUCAAAGACAGACUACAGUCUUGUUAUCAGGGAGAAGGGAAUCUUGAACUGAACUGGCUACUGGGGAAGGAUGUCCAGUGUACAAAAGCGCCGGUGCCAAUAGAUGACAACUUCUGUGGCUUGGAUAUUAAUCAACCAUUAGGAGGGUCUACACUGGUGGAAGGUGUAACACUUUACACGGAAAGUAGAGAUCGAAUGACAUCCGUGGCCUCAUAUGUUUAUGAUGGAUAUUGUGUAGCAUUUGUUGGGACAAAAACAGGAAAACUGAAGAAGAUUAGAGUGGAUGGCCCCCCACAUGGUGGAAUUCAAUAUGAAGUACUACCAGUUAUGAAGGAGGGAACAUCAGUACAUCGGGACAUGGCAUUCUCCACUGACCUUCAGUACAUCUAUAUUAUGUCUGACAGACAGGUGGUAAGAGUGCCCGUGGAGUCGUGUGAACAGUAUACAACCUGCAGAGAGUGUCUCAGCUCUGGAGAUCCCCACUGUGGCUGGUGUGUGCUUCAUAACAUGUGUUCCAGGAGAGAUAAGUGUGAGCGUGCAGAUGAACGAUAUCGAUUCGCUGACAACAUUGAUCGGUGUGUACGUGUGACUGUGAAGCCACUCAGCAUUUCUGUAUCAGAGCACAGUCUCCCUCUCAAUCUGGUAGCAAGUGACGUUCCUGAUCUUUCCUUUGGUGUGACCUGCGCAUUUGGAAAUAUCACUGAAGUGGAAGGUGAAGUUUUGGAUGACCAGAUCAUCUGCACUUCCCCUGCAGCCAAAGAUGUCCCUCUCAUACCUGCAGAUCAAGAUUGGUUCGGGGUGGAGCUGCGUCUGAAAUCUAAAGAAACAGGGGAAAUGUUUGCCAGUACAGAAUUUAAAUUCUACAACUGCAGUGUCCACCAGCUGUGCUUGUCCUGUGUCAACAGCUCAUUCCGCUGUCAUUGGUGUAAAUAUCGCAACCUCUGCACUCAUGACCCCACCACAUGCUCGUUUCAAGAAGGACGUGUCAAUGCUUCUGAGGACUGCCCACAGCUGGUACCUACUGAAGAGAUCCUGAUUCCAGUGGGAGAGGUAAAACCAAUUACCCUGAAAGCACGCAACUUGCCCCAACCCCAGUCGGGUCAGCGUGGUUAUGAAUGCGUACUAAAUAUCCAGGGGACCAUCCAUCGUGUGCCAGCUCUACGUUUCAACAGCUCCAGUGUCCAGUGCCAAAAUAGCUCAUACUCAUAUGAUGGGAUGGAUAUAAGCAACCUGGCUGUGGAUUUUGCAGUUGUCUGGAAUGGAAAUUUCAUUAUUGAUAAUCCAGAAAGCAUCAGGGUUCACCUAUAUAAAUGUGCUGCCCAAAGGGAUAGCUGUGGUCUCUGUCUGAAAUCCGAUCCAAAAUUCAAAUGUGGAUGGUGUAGAGGUGAAGGAAAGUGCACACUACAUCCGCAUUGUAUGCCUAAUAUGAACCAGUGGCUAGACUUGUCCAGUAAAAAUGUCAAAUGCAUCAACCCCCGCAUUACAGAGGUUGUGACGGUCUCAGGCCCACCGGAGGGAGGAACAAGAGUGACAAUUCAUGGUGUGAAUUUAGGACUGGAUUUCUCUGAAAUCGUAGGUCAUAUCGACGUUGCAGGAGUGGAAUGUUCCCCUGUAAGAGAAGAGUACAUCAUUGCUGAGCAAAUUGUAUGUGAGAUGGGGCGGGCCAGGCCUGGAAUCAAUGCUGGACCAGUCUUGCUUUGUAUUGGUGAAUGCAGACCAGAAUUCAUGGCCAAGUCUAGCCAGUAUUACACUUUUGUGAUUCCUACAGUGAAAGAGCUGUUCCCCAGCAGAGGUCCUGAGUCGGGAGGCACCAUGGUCACUAUAACUGGUCAAAACCUUGGUGCAGGAAGCAGCGUUUCCGUGCUCCUUGGGAACCAGUCCUGUGAGUUCUACAGGAGAACAAACAGUGAAAUUAUCUGUGUUACUGCUCCUUCAGUGAAUGGACCCAGUACUGCCCAUAUAUCAAUCACAGUGGACAGAGCACAGCUGCAGAGCAACCUGCACUUUGAAUAUAUAGAAGAUCCCACGGUUAUGCGACUGGAACCUGACUGGAGUAUUGCCAGUGGCCACACUCCACUGACAGUGACAGGGACAAAUCUUGAUGUCGUCCAGGAGCCAAGGAUCCGUGUGAAGCACAAUGGCAGGGAAUCGGUCAAUAUAUGCAGGGCUAUAAAUUCUACCACGCUUACCUGCAUGGCCCCAUCACUAAUAUCAGAGUAUCAACCUGGCAUAGAUGGUGUUGAACAUCCAGAAGAAUUUGGCUUCAUUUUCAACAAUGUACAGUCCUUGCUGCUUUAUAGUACCCAUUCCUUUGUGUACUAUCCAAACCCCACCUUUGAGCCUCUCAGCCCAAGUGGCAUUCUGGAGCAGAAACCUGGAUCUCCUAUCAUAUUAAAGGGAAGAAACUUGUGUCCUCCUGCCUCCACUGGUGCGAAGCUGAACUACACAGUUUUGAUUGGAGAGACCCCGUGUGCAAUUACUAUUUCUGAGACUCAGCUGCUGUGUGAGCCCCCAAACCUUACAGGGCACCACAAGGUUCUGGUCCACGUUGGGGGUCUGACGGUCAGCCUAGGCACUGUAAGUAUCACGUCUGACAGCCUCCUGACACUUCCUGCCAUUGUGAGCAUUGCAGCAGGUGGCAGUCUUCUCCUGAUCAUCGUCAUCAUCGUUCUAAUUGCAUACAAGCGUAAGUCACGGGAAAAUGACCUCACACUCAAGCGUCUACAGAUGCAGAUGGAUAACCUGGAAUCCCGAGUUGCUCUUGAGUGCAAGGAAGCUUUUGCUGAACUGCAGACUGAUAUAAAUGAACUCACCAGUGACUUAGAUCGAGCAGGCAUUCCGUACUUGGACUAUCGAACCUAUGCCAUGAGAGUCCUUUUCCCAGGAAUUGAAGAUCACCCUGUUCUUCGAGAACUUGAGGUUCCAGGAAAUGGUCAGCAAAAUGUGGAGAAGGCACUGAAGCUGUUUGCCCAGCUGAUCAAUAACAAAGUUUUCCUACUCACCUUCAUUCGCACUUUGGAAAUGCAACGCAGUUUCUCAAUGCGAGACCGUGGUAAUGUGGCAUCACUCAUUAUGACAUCCUUGCAAGGCAAACUGGAGUAUGCCACAGAUGUCCUGAAACAGCUCUUGUCUGACCUCAUUGCAAAGAACCUGGAAAGCAAAAAUCAUCCCAAGUUAUUGCUGCGAAGGACCGAGUCAGUUGCAGAGAAGAUGUUAACAAACUGGUUUGCCUUUCUCCUUCACAAAUUUUUAAAGGAAUGUGCAGGAGAACCUUUGUUUAUGUUGUACUGUGCCAUCAAGCAACAGAUGGAGAAGGGUCCAAUUGAUGCAAUUACUGGGGAGGCACGUUACUCAUUGAGUGAGGACAAACUGAUUCGACAACAGAUUGAGUACAAAACACUGAUUCUGAAUUGUGUGAAUCCUGAUAAUGAGAAUAGUCCAGAAAUACCAGUGAAAGCCUUGAACUGUGACACCAUCACACAAGUGAAAGAAAAAAUCUUGGAUGCAGUGUAUAAAAAUGUACCAUAUUCACAGAGACCACGGGCUUGUGACAUGGACCUAGAGUGGCGGCAAGGUCGGAUGGCCCGAGUAGUCCUGCAGGAUGAAGACAUCACAACCAAGAUUGAGGGAGACUGGAAGCGGUUAAACACACUGAUGCACUACCAGGUUUCUGAUCGUUCUGUUGUAGCCCUUGUUCCAAAGCAGACCUCGUCAUAUAAUAUUCCAGCUUCAGCUAGCAUAUCACGCACUUCGAUUAGCCGCUAUGAUUCAACAUUCAGGUACACAGGUAGUCCUGACAGUCUCCGCUCACGUGCUCCGAUGAUCACACCAGAUCUAGAAAGUGGAGUGAAGGUUUGGCAUUUGGUAAAAAACCAUGACCAUGGUGAUCAAAAAGAAGGGGACCGUGGCAGCAAAAUGGUAUCGGAAAUUUAUUUGACAAGGCUGCUAGCAACAAAGGGUACCCUACAGAAGUUUGUGGACGAUCUCUUUGAGACACUUUUCAGCACAGUACACCGGGGUAGUGCUCUUCCACUGGCAAUCAAGUACAUGUUUGACUUCCUAGAUGAGCAGGCUGAUAGACAUGCAAUUCAUGAUACAGAUGUCCGGCACACCUGGAAAAGCAACUGCCUGCCACUUCGAUUUUGGGUGAAUGUGAUUAAAAACCCUCAGUUUGUAUUUGAUAUCCACAAAAGCAGCAUUACAGAUGCUUGCCUUUCUGUUGUAGCCCAGACAUUUAUGGAUUCUUGUUCCACAUCAGAGCAUCGCCUGGGCAAAGACUCUCCAUCCAACAAGCUGCUUUAUGCUAAGGACAUCCCCAAUUACAAGAGCUGGGUGGAAAGAUAUUAUGCAGAUAUUGCAAGACUGCCUGCAAUAAGUGACCAGGACAUGAAUGCCUACCUCGCAGAGCAAUCUCGGCUACAUGUGACUGAAUUCAACAUGUUGAGUGCACUCAAUGAAAUCUACUCUUAUGUUUGCAAAUAUAGUGAAGAAAUCAUUGCAGCUCUGGAACAGGAUGAACAAGCGUGCAGGCAACGCUUAGCCUAUAAAGUAGAACAACUAGUUAGUGCCAUGUCUUUGGAGAGCUGAGAGAUGGAGGCCUUUCUAAUCAGAGUGUAACUGAACAUUCAGAUUCCUUUGUACUAAAAACUAAGGGACAUGCAGCUCUGCAGGUAGAAGGGAACAGUAUAAGAAUUUAAUUUAUCUUGUGUCUAGUGAUUCUAGAAUCGCUUCACCCUAAUCAUAUUCCGUUUUGGGAAUUCCUAGCAGUGCAGUUUGUCAUCACAACUUCGGGGAUGCUCCCAGGGUACAGGACUGCUGAAGUGUGCAUAGAGAAAAGACUCUUGUUUGAACAUCUGUUAUGAUGGCUGAUUUGCAUGAAAAAGCACUAGCUGUAUAUUUGGACAUGGUGUAUCUUUAUUUUUUUCUUGAAAAAAUAAACUUAUUUGCAGGUGAUGGAACACAUACUUUACUUAAAGGCAGAGAUUAUAUUCUUUUUUUAAUGGCCUACAUUCAGAAAUAACUGUUUUUUUAAAUUGCAUUUUGGAAGUCUUGUGGCUUGAAGUGUAUAAAGGACAGAUAAAAGCAAUCAUUGGGAAAACUGGAUUUCACUGAAUAAUGAUGAAAAGACAACAAUGUGUUCUAGCAACUAGAAAUGUUUCAGCAAGUCAGCAGAUUUGCACCAUCCCUUCAUUCAAAGAAGGAAACCAGCUUUAGCUCAUCAGCAAGGAGCUUCUAUCAAGGCAUACAAAACAAAAUGCCAACCUUCAAAAACUAUAGUGUCCCUUGUAACAGCAGCUAAGAAACCCUUAAGACAACAUCUCAGUAAAGCAGAUAUCAAUAUAAUCUCCAUGGGGAUAUUCCAGUAACGUGCACCUGAGGCCUACACAAAGAUUUUUGAAUGAAUGACAGAAUGAAUACUUCCAUGUAAUUAUCUUCCUACCAAAAGCUAGUGCUGUGCCAUCCAGUAGAAAGAUUCCAAUUUUUUAUGUGACAACCAUUUAAUCCCCAGUUUUUAUCUUAGCUGCUCUUUUGAAGAUUUCUCUGCAUUUUACUGUUUCUGUUAUGUCUUUGUGUGACUAGUGACUUCAUUUAUAGGUAAAACAGAAAGUUACCCCUACCCAAGGAAAGGAGCUGUGUUAUUUUUUUAUAUAUUUUUCUUUUGUUCUUUUUGGUUGCUUGUUUUUAUUCAUUGUGUGGCCAAGAGCCACUGUGUUUCUUUCCUUGCAGUAUAAUGUUUACAGAAAGUCAUACUUGAAAAAAUAAGAAAUUGUGGGAGAUAACUUAUUUAUUAUGUUUUUAAUUGUCAAAGUAAGCAACACUGAUUUUUUUCUGUUUUUAGGAUUGUAAAGAGGUCAUCAUUCACUCAUCAUGUCUUAUUCAUUACUGCAGUUAAAGUUUGUGUUUGAAGUCAGAAGGUGGAUGCUGCCAGAUUUAUUUAACAUUGUCUUAUAUUACUCCUGUCAGUAGUCAGCUUAGAUUUCCUCACUGGCUCCGUCAGACUUAAUACUUCCCUGUUGCACAUAGUGGUGGCAUCUAGCCUGCAUUGUCGAUCUUUUCUUGAAGUUCAGGAACAAAAGACCAAAGGUUAAGAUUCUCUUUGAGUGCCAAGUGACAUAAGAAGUCUGUAAAUAUAUCUGUCCCUCUGGUAAAUAUUAUUACUUAUGUACAUAAAUUAAAAGGACUGAGUGUUAGACACACUAGAUGAUAAAUGUGGAGUUUAGCAUUUAUCUUCAAUAUUUUUCACCUAAGCACGAUGUGUACUAUCAGGUAAAAUUACACCAUCCUUUGAUGUCUCUGUUGAUUUAGCUUUGACAAGAUGUUCUCUGUUGAACUAGUGAAUUCCAUGGGCAAUAAUGUAGUUUUUUUUAAAUACAGAGAUCUUUUUCAUGUGAACGUGUGUGUCGUGUCUGCACCCUAGGGUGGCUAAUGUCAUGUCUAAUGUUAUAUCAGCGUGCAUGGUAACGAGGCUAAUCAUGCUGCAGGCGUGGAGAGACUAAGCAGGAAAUAAGUCACUAGUCUGAGUGACAGUUGUCUGAUGGAUAAGUGUGUGAAAACCACAUUAGUGCAAGAAUAGAGGACCCCCCCCCAGGGCGGGAUUGCUGGCUCAAAGUGCAGUGGCCAUGGAGUUGAUUAUAUUAAGUAAGUCAGUACAGGUGAGGCUUUGGGGGCACCCCCCCCCCUAAAAAAAGGCAUGCAGUUUUGCACCAUUUACUUUGUGGAGAUGACAUUUGUACAUCUGCUUCCCCACUUGUGCCCUUAAUGUCAGUGGGAGCAGUUGGCAUUCACAUCCUCUGAACUCUUGUGACUGGACCCCUGUGUGUGACAACAUGUUUUUCAGGAUUAGAUUCCUUUGUGUAGUGAGACAUACUCCUCAACAGAGAAAUUUUUCUUUACGGGGCAAGGAACAAGAAGUGUAUUUCAGUAGUUGCACUGAUGGUGAAAAGUGUUUUACUUAGUAGAAAAGUGUACACAAUGUAAAGGUCUUCUUCAGCAGGUUCAUUGUUCUUGCAUUCCUUAGGAAGUAUGUUUCACCAAGAAGUGGUGCUCAACCUUAUAGGUCUAAGGCCACGAAAAAUCAAUAAAUCUACAAACGUUUACCUGCCCAUUACUCUGUUUUCAGGCACCUUUAGUUUUGACAUGUUUCCUUGCUUCAUCUACAGUCUACCUGUGUGUGAGAGCUAACAAGGAUUAGCGAGGUUUUGCAACUGGAUGCUUGCCAUAUUUACUAAUCUAACCAGCAUGUCUCUUGUGCCCCUGUCAUAUUUACAGGCAUGAACACAGCAAAAAUCUUGUUAGCAAAAUUCACAGCCAUCAUUCUUCAUAGCUUAUUUCAGGAACAGUACAUUUAAACGGCUGCCUGGCAUGUAUGAAUUGUUCAUUUGGCUAAAAGAAAAAUUAGUUAGACAUGAACUGCAUCCUGUAUUUUUCAGUCAAGAUGCAGUUCAUUUAUAUAUAAAGGCUUUCUAAUGAAGAGGGAGGUUAACUACCUAUACUUACAGUUCUAUGAUUGUUUCUGACUCCAGAGCUCACCAGUUACUAAAUUUGACUGUUACAACAUCAAUAGUGUACUGUCAGAGUGUAAAAGUUCAAGAUACUAAAGAUAAGCUUUCUUGUUAUAGGCAUUGAAAUUACUCUUAGCCAUCAUUCAGUAAUUUUACUCUUUUGCUGGCUUUGUAUGAGACAGCUAUUGGGUUUUCUAUCUAAUGUCAGAGAGACCUAGGAUCUGAAACUGCCCCUGGUGCAUAGAAGGCAGGCUAAGCCAGAGAAUGACUGACUGCCCAGUAAUGCAGACACAUCUCAGUCAGAUUUCAUGUAGCCAAGUGUUCCCCUCAGUUUCAUUUGAAUGUUUGUUCUUUGACAGUCCUGGCCUUUGUCAGCUGUAGUAAACUGCCCUCUUAUUAUUUGCAAACAUUCUUAGUCUGGGGCUUAGAUGCAGCAGCUUUUAAAGUCUGUACUAAUGAAAGCAUAUCAUUGAGUUAGACUCAGUUCCCUGCUAUUUCAUAGGAAUUUCUGAAUGAGACCAAAAUGGAUAGACAUGGCAACAUGUAUGCUCCAGGAACUACUGCUGUGUUUUAUAAGAGAGCAGAGGAGGAAUCUUUUUUCAACAUAACCGACGGGAAGUGAUACAGUCCAAAGGCUUUUAGACGUCACAGUACACCAUGUUAUGCGAGUCAGCCUGCUGUCAUGACAGUGUUUUAACAGCAUAUUGUUACUAUGCCAGACUUUUGCAGAAUGGUUAUGACAGCCAGCAGUAUGGUAUUCCUGAAGUAAUAGAAGAACCAGCAUCACCGAAACUUAAGUCAGAGAUGAACAAAUAGUUUCUUUAAUAAAAAACAAGAUUACUCUCUCCCCAAGUUAGUUAUAGUUCCAUAUGAGAUCAGUAUGCCUCAGGAGAAAAAAAAUACUUGCAUUUUCGAGUUAUCUUGAAUUGAAAAGCCUAUUAGCAACAAACUAACAUCCAUUUCAGAAUUCAUGCUUUUGUAGCAAGUGAUGGGCUAUUGUAUGAGCUGAACAUCAAAAACAUGAUAGGUCCUUUACAAAAUAAAUGUCCAGCCUUAGUGCAGUGGUUCUUGACCUCAGAGUGCCUGUAACCCAUUGUCAGAGUUAUUCCAGUCCCUUGGACCACAUCUCCCAUUUUUUUUCUAAAGUAUGUCACCUCACCACCCAACAUUUUGGCACACCUUUCUUUUAGGGAGAGUAAUUUAUGAGCUGCAAUUUGUUUUCUAGAACUUUCAGGCAUUAAUAAUAACAUUUAUUAUUAAGUGUAUUGGCCUUCGACUGUAGGUACUCCACAGUACAACUAUAUGUAUGCCAUAAACCUAACAGCCACAUCUGUAGGUCUAUAUACUCCAGUAUGUCAAAUCACAUCUACAGGUUUAGGUAGUCAAUCUACCUGGGAAGAGUACAUCUGUAGGUGUAGGAAUCCCUGUACACUCAAUUGUAACCCUAUAUACUGAGUAGUCACAUGUGGGCAUUGGUAUCUCAAUUCUAGUAAGAGUCACGUCUAUUAAUGCCAGCGUCACAAUACAUCUGGUAUUCAUACACAGAGGCACAAGUAUUUCAGAGCACAAGCAUCACAGUGCAACUAGUAUUCACCAGGUACACCUCACAAUCACAUCUACGAGGGCAGAUACCGCUGCACGGCUAUCACUCUUGUCUGUAAGCACAGGCACUCCCAUAUACCGAGCACUCACAUCUACAAACCAAAUAUGCAUACAAGGUGACCGAAUGAAUCCAGCAAGUGAGAAGCCAAAGUUCCUGAUAUGUAGCUAUUGUGAUAUUUAUCGUACCACAAAAUAUCCUUAUCUGAGUAGACUCCCAGUCCUGAUUGGUUAUCCUUAAUAUUUAAACAUAAGUUUGUAUUCUCUGUAGUUUUUAUUAAAAUAGUUUUAAAGGGUCCGGUGUAUGACAAUGCCUAAGCGCAUGGUGCAAUGCUAUUCUAUCAGCUUUCUAAGCAUUUGUCAAAUGCUUAAAAGUAAUUGUACAAUGGAUUCCAGUAAUGAAGCAAUUACUUCAUUUAACUGUUACGUUAGUCUCACACAUUGUUUUUAAUGUUUUGUCCUCUGAAUGUAGUGCACAGUACAACAGGUGUCUGUGAAGUAGUAAAAAUAAAACAUCUGCUACUUAACGUGGUUAAACAUCAGAAGUAACAUUGACUUCUGUGUGAGAACUGCAUCUUAGCCUAACCUAAACUGAAAAUGCUAAUGCUGGCUUUGAGGGGCAGUGUUCUUUUACUGGCUUAGGGAUUUACAAAGAAAAGAACUUCAAAUCAGGAGGGGAGGGUGAGACUGGAGAGUUAUACCUCUCACAGUGCAGACUGAAUUGUGAGCUUUUCCACAGUUCUUAGAGCAUAAGACACUUUUUACUGUUUGUUGUGCUCGCCAAGAAAAUAUUAUUUAAUGUUCUCAAUGCCAUUUCAUCUCAGUUCUAUAAAUUUCACUGUUGUCAGAGAAAGUCCAGUUUAGCUGGGGCGAAUAUUGUGCAAAAUUACAUUAAGUGAAACAGCAACUUGUGUGCCAAAUGGGUUCCCCUUGGAGUCUCUGUCCACUCAGGUCCUUUUCCUUUAUUCAGUUUACCUCUGUAAUGUUUUAUUACCCCGACUAUGGGGAUCUUUGAAAAAUCAGGAAUUCAGAAAACUGUUCUGUAUCCAAGAUGUACAAUAAGUCUGUUGGUUAUUUGUCUGAAAGGAGUCUGUAUUCAUUGUAGGACAGCACCUUCAUGAGGUGGACCCAAGGGAUUAGUGUCAGAGGAUUAUUAACUUGUAAAUAACAGCUCAGGGCUCUGCCCGGUCCAUAAAGUUCUGUAUGGCACACUGGAGUUCCAUAUCAAAAUAAACAAAGGUGGCUGUCUGUUCUUUUUUUAUGUUGUUGCUUUUACAGGUGUUGUGAAAAGUGUAAGAAAGUAUUUAAAAUGUUUUUUGAGGAAACAAACUUUUUUUGUUAUUAUUCUAAUAUAUUAUUGUGUACCUAUUGUAAAUAAUGAAGUUCUCCUAUUUUGCAAGCCAAGGACUCACUUUUUACUGUUGUUAUAUAUAAAUAAAAUUUACUGGAUAAAACUUG